AUGGAGGAUGAGGAGGGGAAUCAGAUUCACAGGGAUGGGGCGCUAGCAGAGGGAUUGCUGGAGAGGAAGGGGACGAAGAUUAAGAUCAAGCAGAAGCUUCUGCCGGGGAAGGCUGGGGGAAAGGGGGGAGUAGAGGGGUCGGGUGUUGGUGGAGAGGCGAGUUUUGAGACGUCUCAAAACAAGAUUAAGAUCAAGCCGAAGCUGCUGCUGGGGAAGGCUGGGGGAAAGGGGGGAGUUGAGGGGUCCGGUGGUGGAGGGCGAUUCAAGAAGGCAGCAAGGGGUGGGUUAGAUCCGUUUGAAGAGGAGGGGGAGAUGGAAGAGGUGAAAGAAACAGUCAGGAAUGAUGAUUGGGAGAGAAGGCAGGGAAGCGAGAGGAAGGGUGAGAAGAGCAGGGAGUGGGGAGAGGAGCAUGAGAGGGAGAAGGAGAAGAAGAGGGAGGGGAAAAGAGAGAAGGGGCAGGUGAGUGGAGGUCUGAGGAUGGGUACCGAAGCUAUUGGCAUUUAUGCCGAACCUCACCCUGCUGCCAAGAGGCUUGCUGCCUCGGAGAGAGAGCGAGGAGGCUCGGCAUCACCAGGCUCGGUAGACAGGCUUGGUAAAGCUGCUGGAAAGGACAGGCAUGGUGAAGGGUGGGUUGGGAAAGAGGGUUGGGAAAGGGGGAGGAGUGAGGAAGGAGAGGGUAAGGUGCAGGAGCGAAAAGGGGAGGAGAGGGAGAGGAGGAAAGAUAGGGUAAAAGAGAGCAGGCAUUAUGAAGACAAGGAUAGGGAGAGAGUGAGGCACAAGGAGAGGGAUUGGGAAGGAGUAAGGGAAAGAGAGAGGGAUAGGGAGAUAGGGAAGGAGAAAGGAGAAGGAAGGAUUCUGAAGCUUAAGAUUGAGAGGAAGGAUAGUGAGAGGGAGAGGGGAGGGGAACGAGCGAAGGAAAGGGCGAAGGAGAUUGGGUGGAGGAGAGGGGGCAGUGAGGUGGAUAGGGAUGGAUGGGAGGAUAAGGAGCAGGAGAGGAAGCAUGACCGUGAGUGGGGACGGGAGAAGGACAAGGGCGAGGAGAAGAGGAGAAAAGAAGAUGCACAUGGGGAGAGAGACGAGUGGAGGAGAAGGGAGGAUAAGGAGCGUAAAGAGGCGAAGGAGGGGAGAGAAGAGAGGGAGAGCAAAGAGGAGAGGGAGCGGAGGCGAGAGAAAGAGAGGAAGGAGCGGGAGAGGAGGGAGGAGAGGGAGAGGAGGGAGGAACGAGAAAGAUCACGUUCUGUGGGAAUUGAAGAGUCAAGAGGGAAGGACAGAGAGGAGAGGGAGGGGAGGGGAGAGAGAGAGGAGAGGGACAGGGAUUGGAGGGAGGAGGAGAGGGGACACGGUGGAGCGCAUGGAGGGAAGCGGCGCAGCUCUCAAGCCCUCAAGGGGCCUCGCUCAAAGGGGGUGGCGGGAGAGGGGGCGAAGCGCGGUGCGACGCCUGGUGCUUGGGAGGGUGCUGGAGGGCGCAGCGAGGGGGGGAGGGGAGGAGGGCCGGCUCUGAAGCGCAUGAAGCUGCCAGAAGGGGCUGUUCUGGCCAAAGACUCUCUGCGGAACAUCUUUGAUAAUGUGCUUGCCUUUCUGCGGCUCCAUGCGGAUAUUUCUUACAUUUUUCAAAAGCCGGUCACCAAGAAGGAGGCUCCGGACUACCAUACGGUCAUCAAGCAUCCCAUGGAUCUUUCGACCAUGUCCAAGAAAAACCGGCAAGGAUUGUAUAUGUCGCGGGAUGCCUUCUGGAGCGACAUGAAGCUGAUUCAACGCAACGCUCAUGUUUAUAAUGAGGAGCGUUACCCGGCCAUCCCGCCGGUCGCUGACCAGUUGGCAAACCUCUGUGCGCAGGAACUGGAUAAGCACAGGGAAGAAAUUGCUGAUGCGGAAGCAAGGCUUAGUUCUUUCGUUACAUAG